AUGGCCAACAACACGACGGAGCACCCUCCGGGGAACUCGGUCGCCGACGGCAACCAAGACGGCGACUUCGGGGUGACGGUCGGCGACCUGCGGGGACUCAUGGAGCUGCGCAGCGGCGAAGCCGUCAAUAAGAUACGGGACGAUUACGUGGACGUGCAGGGCAUCUGCAGACGACUCAAAACCUCGCCCAUCGAAGGUCUUUCGGGCAACCCGGUGGACCUGGAGAAGCGACACGCGGCCUUCGGUCAGAACUUCAUCCCGCCUAAGAAACCCAAAACCUUCCUGCAACUGGUGUGGGAAGCGCUGCAAGACGUCACGCUGAUCAUCCUGGAGAUCGCCGCCAUCAUCUCGCUGGGCUUGUCCUUCUACCACCUGGAAGGCGGAGAUAGCGAAGCGUGCGGCCAAGCGUCGGGCGGCGUGGAGGACGAGGGCGAGGCUCAGGCGGGCUGGAUCGAGGGCGCCGCCAUCUUGUUCUCCGUCAUCAUCGUGGUGCUGGUGACGGCUUUCAACGACUGGUCCAAAGAGAAGCAGUUCCGAGGCCUCCAGAGUCGCAUCGAGCAGGAGCAGAAGUUCACCGUCAUCCGCAAGGGCCAGGUCAUCCAGAUCCCCGUGGCCGAGAUGGUGGUGGGCGACAUCGCGCAGAUCAAAUACGGGGAUCUGCUGCCCGCCGAUGGCAUUCUCAUCCAAGGCAACGACCUCAAGAUCGACGAGAGCUCCCUGACCGGAGAGUCCGAUCAGGUCCGAAAGUCCUUGGAGAAAGAUCCCAUGUUACUCUCGGGGACGCACGUGAUGGAGGGCUCGGGCCGCAUGGUGGUGUCCGCCGUGGGCCUCAACUCCCAGACGGGAAUCAUCUUCACGCUGCUCGGCGCCAGCGAGAACGACGAGGAGAAGAAGGCCAAAAAAAGUAAAAAACAAGGACCCCCCGAAAAUCGCAACAAAGCCAAGACCCAGGACGGCGUGGCCUUGGAGAUCCAGCCGCUGAAAAGCGAAGAGGCGGCCGAGUCGGAGGAGAAGGAGGAGGUCAAGCCCGUCAAGAAGGUCAUCGUGCCCAAGAAGGAGAAGUCGGUGCUGCAGGGGAAGUUAACCCGCCUCGCCGUGCAGAUCGGCAAGGCCGGCCUGAUCAUGUCGGCGGUGACGGUGAUCAUCCUCAUCUUGUACUUCGUGAUCGACACGUUCGGCAUCCAGGGCCGCACGUGGACCUCCGAGUGCACGCCCAUCUACAUCCAGUACUUUGUCAAGUUCUUCAUCAUCGGCGUCACCGUCCUGGUGGUGGCCGUCCCCGAGGGGCUGCCGCUCGCCGUCACCAUCUCGCUGGCCUACUCCGUCAAGAAAAUGAUGAAGGACAACAACCUGGUGCGCCACCUGGACGCCUGCGAGACCAUGGGCAAUGCCACGGCCAUUUGCUCGGACAAGACGGGCACCCUCACUAUGAACCGCAUGACGGUGGUCCAGGCCUACGUGGGCGACACGCAUUACAAGACCGUACCCGAACCCAGCGCCAUCAAACCUGACACGCUGGAGGUCCUGGUGAACAGCAUCUCCAUCAACUCGGCCUACACCACCAAGAUCCUGCCUCCGGAGAAGGAGGGCGGCCUCCCGCGCCAUGUGGGCAACAAAACCGAGUGCGCCCUUCUGGGUUUGGUUCUGGACCUCAAGCGGGACUACCAGCCCAUCCGGGAGGAAGUCCCCGAGGAGAGGAUGUACAAAGUCUACACCUUCAACUCCUCCCGCAAAUCCAUGAGCACCGUCCUCAAAAUGGCCGAGGGCGGAUUCCGCAUGUACAGCAAGGGGGCGUCGGAGAUCAUUCUCAGAAAGUGCUCACGUAUCCUGGACGCCGACGGUCUGCUGCGAGUCUUCAAACCCAAAGAUCGCGACGAGAUGGUGCGCAAGGUGAUCGAACCCAUGGCCUGCGACGGCCUUCGUACCAUCUGCUUGGCCUUCCGCGACUUUCCCGCCGACGUCGGCGAACCCAACUGGGACGUCGAGAACGAGAUCGUCAACGACCUCACCUGCAUCGCCGUGGUUGGAAUUGAAGACCCUGUCCGGCCCGAGGUACCUGAAGCCAUCGCCAAGUGCCAGCGCGCGGGAAUCACCGUUCGCAUGGUGACGGGGGACAACAUCAACACGGCGCGCGCUAUCGCUACCAAAUGCGGAAUUCUGCUGCCCAAUGAGGACUUCCUGGCUCUGGAAGGUAAAGAGUUCAACCAGCAGAUCCGUAACGACAAGGGCGAGGUAGAACAAGAGCGUCUGGACAAAGUUUGGCCCAAACUGCGAGUUUUGGCUCGUUCGUCGCCGACGGAUAAACACACGCUUGUCAAAGGCAUCAUUGACAGCACGGUGGGCGAGACCCGGCAGGUGGUGGCGGUGACGGGAGACGGAACCAAUGAUGGGCCCGCGCUUAAGAAAGCAGAUGUCGGAUUCGCUAUGGGCAUCGCCGGUACGGACGUGGCAAAGGAAGCGUCGGACAUCAUCUUGACGGACGACAACUUCACCAGUAUCGUGAAAGCCGUCAUGUGGGGAAGGAACGUCUACGACAGCAUCUCCAAGUUUUUGCAAUUCCAGCUCACCGUCAACGUGGUGGCCGUCAUCGUGGCCUUCACCGGCGCCUGCAUCACGCAGGAUUCUCCAUUGAAGGCGGUGCAGAUGCUGUGGGUGAACCUGAUCAUGGACACGUUAGCGUCUUUGGCGCUAGCCACCGAGCCGCCCACCGAAUCGCUGCUCCUUCGCAAACCCUACGGACGCAACAAGCCGCUCAUCUCGCGCACCAUGAUGAAGAACAUCCUGGGACACGCCAUCUACCAGCUGGUCAUCAUCUUCACGCUGCUCUUCGCAGGCGAGAAGAUCUUCGACAUGGAUAGCGGUCGCAACGCACCACUGCACUCGCCUCCGUCCGAGCACUACACCAUCGUCUUUAACGUCUUCGUCAUGAUGCAGCUGUUUAACGAGAUUAACGCUCGCAAGAUUCACGGCGAACGCAACGUCUUCGAAGGGAUCUACCGCAACCCCAUUUUUUGCAGUGUCGUCCUCGGAACCUUCGCCUUGCAGAUCAUCAUCGUCCAGUUUGGCGGCAAGCCCUUCUCCUGCACGGCGCUGACCAUCGACCAAUGGCUGUGGUGCGUCUUCAUCGGCGUGGGCGAGCUGCUGUGGGGGCAGCUGAUCUCGUCGGUGCCCACGCACCACUUGAAGUUCCUGAAGGAGGCGGGUCACGGCACCACCAAGGAGGAGCUCCACGAGGAAGAGCUGCCGGAGGACGCCGACGAGAUCGACCACGCCGAGAUGGAGCUCAGGCGAGGACAGAUCCUCUGGUUCCGUGGCCUCAAUCGCAUCCAGACGCAGAUUAAAGUGGUGAACGCGUUCCGGAGCUCGUUGUACGAAGGUCUUCAGAGUCCGGAGUCGCGCAGCUCCAUUCACAGCUUCAUGGCCCAUCCCGAGUUUGUCCCGCUCUCCGAGGAGGAAGCUCGAAUCCCGACCAUCGAGGAGUCGGGAGACGAGAUCCAGACGCUCCCGGGAACUUCCUCGCCCUCGUCCAACCCACUAGGAGACGCGGCCGCGUCUCACGCUUAA